AUGACCAGAGUACCAGCCACCAAGAAGUUACAGAGUUCCCCUGCCUCGGGGGCCCUCUGGCCCUUUUAUGCCUCAGAUGUGCUAACACAGGUCCCAGACAAGCCAAUGAGAAGCAUCAAGUAUAUGGAGAAGGAAAUAAUAAACCUCAAGAAAGACCUUAAACGAAGCCGCAUCUUGAUUCAGUGGGUAAAGAUUGGCCGUGGAUACUUUUCCAUGCUGAGGGAGGAGAAUGCAUUGAAAAAGAAGCAACAGCUACUUCAGAAACUAAAAGAGGAAGAAAGAAAUAAAUUCCAACCAGCCAAAAAGAUGUCAGAUAUCCAGUACAGGGAUAUGCUUUUGACCACAUACGGGGACGAGAAGAUGAAGAAGGUGGGCGCCGGAGUCUUGUUGCAUCCGUUCACCCCUGUGCACAGCUGCAUCUUUGCGCCCUCUCUGCCUGAGGCUCACAUCGAGCCCAUCUUCCGCCAGCUCUGUGCCCUCCACUGGCUCCUGGAGGCCCUGACUAUAGACCACACCCACCACACCAUGAAGCCCGUGAUCACUUGCUGGAAUCCAAAGGACCCAGGUGGAAGCAAGAACACAAUAAAAAAAAUCAAUAAGGACAAGUCCAUGGGACAGAGGUGGGAGCACUUCGUCACGGCGCCGAAGACCAAGAAAUUCAAAAUUCCCGUAGCACACGUCACGAGCCGCAAACCCAGCCGGCGAGGCUCCACCCUCAGUCUGUCUCGGACAAGCGGGGGGUCAUCCCCCCAGAGCAGCAUGGUCUCCGUGAACCCGGGCUCAGAUGAGCCCCAGAGUGUGGUCACCCAGGCAACAGGCAGCAAGGAGGUUGAGGACAAUGAAUCGUCUUCGACCAAGCCUGAAGAAGAUGCCCCUGUCCAUGUCAGUCUGCAGAAGCUCCUGGAGAUGGUUCGGGAAGAUGCCCGGAGAACAGUCACAAUGGAAAACGGGACGCAAAAGCAAGCGCCCAGUAUCUUGUCAAUGCUCAGGCAAAACAAGAGUGAUUCUGCCUAUAAAGACAUGCAGACCACCCGCAAAUCAAGUGACAGAUCCAGCACUACGAGUGGAGACAGCCACUCCCAGGUGCUCCAGAAGAAGUGUAAAAGCCGUGCCAACCGGGACAUCAUCCACUGCAAGAGGGGGGUGUGUAACACCAUGAGGGCCAAGUUUUACAGUGUGGCCCGGGAGGCCGGCCUCUGUCUACAGGACAAGAUGGAAAUCCUCAUGAAGCGCCAAGAAGAAAGAGGUCUCCAGAAGUUCCAUUCUUUUGACCUUGUCUCAAAUUUCAAACAGGAUAUAGCCAAAAUGAGAAACCAAGUCUCCGCGGUAAAAGGAGAUGCAGAGGAAAUUGCAGACCACUGGUACUUUGACCUGCUGUCCAGACUCCCUGAGGAGCUGAAGAAUUUCCGCCCCGGCAAAAAGAUCCUGGCGAAACUACAGAAGUUUGGGGAAAACCUGGACCUGAGGAUCCGGCCACAUGUCCUCCUGAAGGUGCUGCAGGACCUGAGAGUCUGGGAACUGUGCUCUCCCGACAUCGCGGUGGCUAUCGAGUUUGUGCGGGAACACGUCAUCCACAUGCCUCAGGAGGAUUACAUCAGCUGGCUGCGGAACCGGAUCAGCGUCCCUAUCCGUGCCCACAGUGCCCAGACGUAGUGGGCCUGGGGCGACCAGCGAUGGCAGUGGAGGAGGGCUGUCCACCCUGUGUUCCUGCUUCCUGCCUGCGCUCAUGGAUCCUCAUUGUGAUCUAGUCGUGUCCUCUGGAGACCAGACUCUGGCGACUUUCUAGAGGGAGCUACUCGCAGGUGGAAACUCCCUUCCACCCCACACCCCAGCCUCAGUGUCCCGGCCUCUGUUCCUCAUUGGUCCAGCCUGCC